UGAGCCUCGUGAGGCCCCGUAGUCUGCGUUCAAAGAUGGCUUCCUCGCCGGAUGUCCACGUCCGUAUUUGUGGACAAGAAAUAAUCAAAUAUGAUUUGGAAAUAAAAGCCCUCAUUCAGGAUAUUAGAGAAUGUCCGGGACCACAGAGCAAGCUGACGGACUUAAACUCUCAAGUAAAACAGAAAUUCAAUCAUCUGAGAAUGAGGAUACAGGAUCUGGCGGAACUGGCUAAGGAGCAGGAUAAGGAAUCGGACAAGCUGGCCAUACUGAACGAAAUGGAGGGACAUCGGAAACAGAUGCUGAGUAAUCAGACUGCAUGGAGAAAGGCUAACUUGGCCUGCAAACUAGCCAUUGAUAACUGGGAGAAGGAUGAGCUGCUACAGGGAAGGGAUUCUUCAGUGAGGCAAAGAAAGACAACCAAAGAGAGCCUUGCCCAGACCUCCAGUGACAUCACGGAGAGCCUCAUGAGUAUCAGCAGGCUGAUGUCCCAGCAGGUCCAGCAGAGCGAGGAGACUAUAAGCACCCUGGCCACAUCCUCAAGAACAGUCCUGGAGACCAACGAGGAGUUUAAGGCGAUGACAGGGACCAUUCAGCUGGGACGCAAGCUCAUCACCAAGUACAACCGGCGCGAGUUUACGGACAAGCUCCUCAUUUACCUGGCUGUGGCCCUAUUCGCCGCCACGGUCCUGUACAUUUUAAAGAAAAGGCUCUUUCCGUUCAUCUAGAAGAAGAGGAAUGCAACUGGGGAAUUCUACCAAGGACAGCAUCCCUAACCGUCUCCAACCUACCUGCCUGCAAGAGCAGCACUUGUUUAAAAUUGUUUCAGAACAGAAAAUGGGAACAGAAGUUUUUUUUUUUUGUUCUGCUGUAGCAUUGCUCUUUUUUUAUACCACCGCCAGAAGCAAGGGGAAAGUGGAAUGAGCCGACGAGAGCACUACCGGUGAGCAGGGUGCGGUAGCUGUGGUUUUGACCAGGAACAGAGUUUCUCCAGUUGUGACUCUCAUGGGGGUUACCAUAAGACCCAUGGGAGUGACUGCAGGAAGUGCUUAGAUAAUGCCCAUCAUUAGUGAAAAGGCCGAUUUUUAAGGGCUGCUUAUAUUGCUUUGUGGAAGAAUGUGCUCGAGAUCUGAACCGUCCCAUUGGUGUAUAAGAAUUCUCUCUCUCCGUUUUUCAGUUUUUAUUUUUAUUUUUCAUGCUGGAAUUCUGCCAGGUAACGAAGUUAGAUUGUACCUAUUAAUUGCCUUAACUAGCACCAUAAUCAGUUUGAUUGUGCCUUUGGAUUUGUGAGAGUUCAGGCUGGGAAACAGCGUUGUGGUGUGAACAACAGCUGAUCCGAUUUCACCCUAUACCAAGCAGGGGAGCGGAUCACAUCCACAGAGGGUACAAAGAUCAAAUGUGUAGCGGGUGUUCUGUGGCAAGCUAAUUGAGAAACUAUGGUCAGAGAAAGGUUUUAAUAAAUAUUGUACAAUUUGCUUAAAUAUUUCAGUUAUUUCUGCAAUCCAGUUUUAAAAUGUAAAUAAUGUAUUUAGAGCACAAAAGAUUUUAUAUGAAUAUUAAUUUAUGGAAUCUCUGUUGCUGUAUUUUCUGUUGGGCUUUUGUACAUACAGUAUCAGCUAUAUUGCUCUUGAACCUAGGGUUUCAGAAUGCUUUUUAUUCAAUCAAUGCCUUUCUUGUCUUGCUCUGUAUCCUAGUUAGUGUUUUAAUUACAUAUGAUACAGUAAGAUGUCAAGCGUAAUAAUUUACCUGCUCCACAGAAUAAAUACUGAAACAUGUAACA